GAACAUUCGCGUUCAUUUUUUAUCAUAACCUUUGGAAGAAUGCGAAAGUCACAGUUAGAUUUCACCGUACAGAUGCUAUUGAACGAACCAAUCAACAACUUUAUCAAUAAUUAUCAACGACAUGAAUAUCACCACGACCUACAGCAAUGAUUACGAGUGGCCACAUGUGAAAAACUUUCCAAUACCUCCACAAACAUUUCAAAUGACGCAACAGUUACCUCAAAAUAAUGAGGAGUUCAUUUGUAAUGAGCCAUUACACGAAAAUCAAGUGAGACAUGAGUGGAAAUCAACGUCCCAAUCGGACGGAUAUGAGUGGAGUCGCCUGGGACCAAUGAGGUUACUCCUUGAACCCAAACUUUAUGCAGUGAAUACAGCCUUGGACGUCAAUCCUGAUAAACCAAUUCAAUGCAAUAGUAUUAAAAAUUGGACAAAAACGUUUGAAGAGUUGUCAUCUCCACGAGAGCCAUCGAUGCCUGGUUAUGAUACCCUCAGGAUCAUACAUGAAAAUCGAUUGAAGAGUACAUAUCAAGUAGAUUAUGAUCAUUUAGUGGAAUAUCCUUACAUUGAUUACGACAAAGAAAUCAAUGUGAAGGACAAGUCUCCAGAGGUAAAAUGCAGAGUGCCAGUUAAAUUACCUUACAUUGGAGGACAUGAAAUACCUGGAAGGCCUCCACGUAGCACAGCUUUCGAUCAACCGUCUGACAAGUCAGCCAGUGGGCAGAAUGUAGCAAGUAGAACAAAUACUACCGCAAGCCAACCACCAGACUCGAAAGACUAUCAGGACUCCAAAGCAACGAAUGUUAUUACCAAAAUGCCUCUGGGGGUAUCAAAGAUGCAGCGAAGAAAAAAUUUGAAAACGAUAAAAAAAUCUAACAGAAAAUUUGAACAAAUGGUGCCUGGAAAUGCAGCCAAACAACAACAUCAAUUUGCAGACCCUUGGACGAGUGAAUAUAGCGAUGCUAUAUCUUUUACAGCAGAUGAAAUCAUGAGAAAUAAAUUGCAUUGCACGACUAAGAAAUGUAGAGAAGGAAAAUGAUUGAUGAUGAUGAGGCACAUCGUAAAAAUUCAACUUUAAUUAGACUGUGGAGAAUUUCAAUUUUUUUAAUGAAAAAAUACCAGAGUAUGUUGAUAACAUGAAAAAUGUAGAUAAAUAAAAAUUUAAUGAAUGAUUUAAUCACUUUAAUGAGUGUAUAUCACUUUUAUCAAUACGUAUGAUUAAAUAUAUAAUACAAAACAUGUAUAUUUGUAAUUUAAUUUAUAUGUUAAGUUUUAU